CCUCUGGAUAUUACAAACAUUCCCUAUUUCUACAAAAUAUUUAAUUAUCUCGAGUCCAGAUUAUCCGAUGAUGAAAAUGUAGACAUCAAGCUAACAGUGUGGCGGGAUUACUCGAUUUUGAUCAAGGCCUACUUGAUUCUAAAGCGUCUGAUACGUUCUGAAUAUUUUGAGACCUCUGCCUAUAAAUUUGCUUCUCAGUUGAAGAUCACAAAGAUGACCAUAGCCCAACAAUCUUACAGCUAUUGUGAAGGUAGGUUGUACGAGAGUCAAUUAGGUCACCGCGUCAUUGAAAACGUUUAUCCUAUGAUGCAAAAUUCUAUGCAACUUGUAAAGACAUUAAUUGAUGUCGGGAAGGUCUCGAGCUCAGAU